AUGGGUCCAGAAUAUUUCACUAACGUGGAGCUUGCGUCUUUCCACUCUACGUCCAAUGGAUACAUGGGCAAGUGCGGUUAUAGAGAAGGGUAUGUGGAGGUUGUGAACUUACACCAAGACAUCGCAGCUCAGCUGGUUAAAAUGCUGUCUGUCCAGCUCUGCCCUCCAGUGUCAGGACAGACAGCUAUGGAUGUGGUCGUGAACCCACCAAACCCUGAAGAAGAGUCCUUCAAUCGUUUUAUCAGGGAGAAGGACGCUGUUCUGUCAAACCUGGCUUAUAAAGCUAAACUAACGGAAGAAAUAUUUACCAGAUUCUGCGCAUUAAAUGUAACCCUCUGCAAGGCACCAUGUACGCCUUUCCCAGGAUGUUCAUCCCUGAUAAAACCGUACAGAGAGCUGAGAAACUCUGAAUGGCUCUUGAUAUGUUUUACUGUAUGCAGCUCCUGGAAGAGUCUUGGAUCUGUAUUGUGCCAGGGAGCGGGUUCCAACAGAAAGAAGGGACAUAUCACUUUAGAAUGA